CUUUCAUCACCUUAAUCAGCCAUCUGCCACCAACAUGACGACUGUCGCGGACGACUUGCUUAAUGACUUCGGAAGCUCCGGCGAUGAGGCCGAGGAUGUCGAAAACAACAAUGGCCUUAUCCACGAGGACGAGUCCAACGGCGACCGCGACCGCGACGCCAUGGAAGUAGACGGCGACGCCGCGGACGAGGACGACCGACUUGAUAGCAAGCCAGAAAACGGUCUUAACGACGUCGAAGAUGCGGAGGCUACAAAGGCAAAGAUCGAGAAGAUGCAGCUCGGCGCAGUUAAGGACGUGCGCAGUGUCGCAAGCCUGAUGCAGACAAUGGAGCCUGUCCUCGAGAAAAUUACACACUAUCGAUCACAAGCCGCGACGCAGAGCACGAACGUCGGAAACAUCGAGGAUCAUCCCGAGUACCACCUCCUCACGCAGUCCAACGGUCUCUCCACCAUGAUCGAUGGCGAGGUAGUCUUGGUGCACAAAUUCAUCCGCGACCACUACUCAACCCGAUUCCCGGAGCUGGAAAGACUCGUGACGACUCCCCUGGAGUAUGCUAAGGUAGUGGCCAUUCUCGGAAACGGUCCCCUGGACUCGGACAGUAUCAAGGCCCUUCAGACCUCAACAGACAACCCUUUGGGGACAAGCUUGAAGUCUGUGCUAGACGGCCCGUCUCUCAUGAUCGUCACUGUGGAGGCGACGACGUCAAAGGGCCAUGAGAUGACGGCUGAGGAGAUGCAGCGGGUUGUCCAGGCCUGUCACAUGGUCAUCUCGCUCCACAAGGCGAAACAGACUCUGACGGAAUACGUCCAGUCGCGUAUGAAUAUCUUUGCACCUAAUCUGACAGCCCUCAUCGGCUCUCUUACCGCCGCGCAGCUCCUCAACGCCGCCGGUGGACUCACUGGUCUGUCCAAGACACCAGCCUGCAAUAUUCCAUCAUGGGGUUCCAAGAAGAAGCAGUCUGGACUAGCAACAAACAUUGGUAUCCGGCAGCAAGGAUAUCUCUACAACUCGGAGAUGAUCCGUGGUAUCCCCAACGAUCUCAAGAAGCAGGCCAUGAGAAUCGUCUCAGCCAAGCUCGUGCUAGCCGCCCGAGUCGAUCGCAUACACUCAAGCGCCGACGGGUCUACGGGAGAGGAUCUGAAAUCUGCCUGCCUGGAGCGACUCGAGAAGCUCACGGAGCCGCCGCCAAACAAGGGAAAGCGAGCACUGCCAGUGCCAGACGACAAACUCUCCCGAAAGCGAGGUGGACGACGUGCCCGCAAAGCGAAGGAGGCUCUCGCCAUGACAGACCUAAGGAAAGCCCAGAACAGGAUGACGUUUGGCAAGGAAGAGAAGGAGGUUGGGUACGGCACGGGCGAAUCAACGAUGGGCAUGGGAAUGAUCGGACAGUCCAACGACGGCCGGAUCCGCGGCAUCCAGGUUGAUCAGCGAACGCGAGCGAAACUCAGCGCCAAGAACAAGGGCUGGGGCGGUGCCAGCACUGUGGGCGGUGCGGCUUCGUCUAUCGGUGGCUUCGGCCAGUCGGCCGGCAUCGACCUGCGCGGUAAAGGCUUGAGGGCCUCGGGUGUAGGUAGCACGGUCGGCUCGGCCACGGGCGGUACAGCCUCGUCUCUCGCUUUCACACCCGUCCAAGGCCUCGAACUCGUCGACCCCAAGAUGCAGGCCGAACUCAGUAAGAAGCGAAAGAUUGAGGAAGACCGAUGGUUCAAAGGCGGUACUUUCACUCAGGCUGGUGGUUCAUCCAGCGGCUUCAAGGUACCGGGCCUGCCAUCAGCUAAACGUGUCGACACCGGAACAACGAAGAUGGGACCUCCAGCGGCGCGCAAGUCAUGAGGAUUGCUAGGAGAUGCGAGAAUAGAUUACUGGGAGACAACGGGAGCGGAACACCAUCAUCCGAGGAAAUAUUGUGACGAUAUUAAUGGUCACAGGUUAUACUGAGGCAAGAAUCACCUGAGACGAGAGAUCCAUGGGCCGGGAAGUGUUGCAGGCGAACAAGGCGUUCAGGGAAACAAUAUAAGUUGACUAUUCCGAGUGACUUGGUAGGGCAACUAUUUUACAGUGUACUUGGUAAAACAGAAACAAUCAUCAUGAUAAACUUCGUUGACACGUGGGUGGCGUUGUAGUUGCUUUUUUAUUGCAAGACAUGUCAGGGGUAUACCUAUACAAUCAACUCGCAAAUCCUAGACCCUUGCCGUUAGACAGUUGCUGAUCGUGUGAGAGGGAGGAUCAAUGUGACAUCACGAGAUAUAGUUGCAGAUGUUAGAUCUCAGGCACAAUGGAUAAGUUAACCACAA